AUGCUGCUGGUGUCACUGGUGUCACCAGCACUGGUCAAGGGCAGUGGCAUCACUGGUACUGGUGUCACCGGUGGUGUCACCGGAUCCAGUCCUACCACACAAAGGGCGCUGGAGUCGGGGUGUCACCGUGUGCCACGGGGGACGGCGCGGCUGUUGUCACCCGUGGGAGACCCCGAGAAGGUGAUCUGCGUGGGGCUCAACUACCGCGACCACUGCCUGGAGCAGGACGUCAAGGUCCCCAAGGAGCCCAUCAUCUUCAGCAAGUUCCCCAGCGCCAUCGUCGGGCCCUUCGAUGACAUCGUGCACCCCCAGGACAGCACCGAGGUGGACUGGGAGGUGGAACUGGCCGCCGUCAUCGGGAAA